AUGGAAAAUCUAAGCCAAUGUUUUAUUGGUCUCAUUGAAGAGAACAAUCUUUCACAGGUAGCUGAACUUAUAGGAAUAGAUGAAGCCACUUGUAAAAAAGAAGCAUUUAAUUGGGAUAAAUAUCUUGAAGUGAAAAUCGCAAAACCUGUACCUCGGAAUUUUUUCCAUCACAUUUGUGAGAGUGAGCUAAAUGGAAUCGAAUCAGGAUCAGUUGUUGAAGUUGAAAAUGAAAAUGGAUAUUGGCCCGCCAGCGUACGCCCGUCUGAGGGUAUAUUAGUCAAUUUGCAUUAUUUUGGUGACGUACACGGUACGCACGAAUUUUUGUUGGAAUUGAAUUCAUCGCGUAUACAUCCAUUAAACUGGGGAAACGAAAAUAAUAAAAAGCUUGUACCACCUAAUAAAUAUUUACAAAAAAAUCUAGAAGAAAUCGAAAAAAAAAUUAAUAAUUGUAAACACGGCGUAUCCAACCAUUUACUGCAAAUGAGAAGCGCUCCAAUUUAUAAUGUAUUUAAGACCAACAUUUUGAUCGAAGUUCAGGAUAAAGAAUACCCUUAUCGUGUUUGGAUUUCAAUAAUACUUAAGAAUGUUGGCGGACGAUUGUUGAUAAAAAUGCUUGGAGAAUCAAGUCCAGAAAAAAAACCAUUUUGGUUAUUUUACUUGAAUGAACGAGUUUUUCCACUUGGAUGGGCAGAUCAAAAAGGGCUUCCGUGGAGAGUUAUGAAUUCCAAUGUCGACACUGAAGGUGGGAUUGAUUGUAAUGUUGUAACGGACGUAAUAAAACCCAAGGUCCCAGCAUAUCAUAAUUAUAAAGUCGGAGAAAUGUUGGAAGUGUUGAAUCCUUUUUCGUUGAUGGUAUUCCACGUUGGCAAAAUUAUUAAGAUCUACGAUAACCGAUAUUUCAAAGUAGAACUAAAUAAUGAACGCGAUGUGGAUAAACGUAUCACUUUUCUAGCUACCAAGGAAAACCCUUAUUUAUUUAAUGCUGGUUGGGCAAAAAAACAUAAUUUCCUUUUAAAACCCCCAUUCCAUAUGGAAACAUCAAACAUAUUUUGUUGGUCAGAAUAUGGCCCAAUAGAAGAGAAUUUAAAAUUAGCUUUCAUUGAUACUACACUUAAAAAAGAUAUCGACCAUAGUUAUAUUGAUAUGAAACUUGAAGCGGUUGAUCCUGUUGAACCUAAUUGUAUUCGUAUAGCAACUAUAAAAGGUUUCGCUGAUCACUGGAUGUUUUUGUCUUUUGAUCGUUCAACCAGUACUCAAGAAUUUCUUCACGUGCGUUCAGUUUAUUCAGACGAAGUUUUUCCGGUCGGUUGGUGCGACAAACAUAACUAUCCCUUGACCACUCCAAAAUGUCCUUAUGUUGAUUAUGAUUAUAAUGACAAUUGUUAUUACGCUUCAGACGUUGAAAUCGAUUUUAAGGCGCCGGACAAAGAAUGUUUGAUAAAAUAUCCCAAUUAUUUUAAAGGGGAAUUUUUUUAUCAUUAUAGCAAAUGUUAUCGUUUGAAUAGUAAUCAACAAUCUAAAGAAAAAUUAGAAAUGUUCAUAAAAAAUUUUAUUUCGAAUCUUAAUUGUAGUCGAAGUGCUCCAGUUGUUUCGUUUACAGUAAAUGAUAGAAAAAAUUCACUUAAAUUAGAUAUAAAUGCACAUCACAUAAUAGCAGCAGAAAAAGACAUUAUGAAACGGAAAAAUAAAAUAUUCAAAAACAACACCAAAAUACUAAAUAUGAGUGAACGCAAUAUGUGUGUUUACUUCAACAAAAGCUGUUAUUCCGGGGUUUGUAUAAAAAAGAAAAGAAUUGCAAAUUUACCACGACGUAUUGGGCCUGGUCCUGUGCCUAAGGUUUUACAAGAUGUGAUUACUACGUUUGUUAGCUUAAAUUACAAUCCAAUAAUUGCACUGAAGAAAAUCAAAAACAUCCAAAAAGAAUUAUUUGAUGGACCUGGAGGAGUCGAAUUGUUUGUUACCACUCACGAAACACUAAAAAAUUCUGAUCAUUCGGAAAAUCUCUGUUUUCCUGAGUCCGUUAUGAUGGCUCAAAAAUAUUGUUCGUCUCUUUGCAAUUUAUUUGGUAUAUGCGAAUAUUUCAUGACUACGAAAAACAAACAAUGUUCUUAUGGAUGUAGUAUAGAAGAAACUUCGACUUCAGAAUUAAAUCUGGAACUUGGAACAGUACCGAAAAUAUUAACUAACAACAAACGAAAAACUGCACCUACGGAUUUAGAAUAUUCUAAUUACCUCCUGCAAAAGAGAUUCAUAAAAAAAUAUAAGGAAAUAAUUGAAGUUGCUGGAAAAGAAUUGGAUUGGUCAAAUGAACCUCUGGUUAAAAGAUUUAAAUAUUAUAUGGGCUGUAUAAUUAAUUACGAAGCAAUUUCAGUAAUGUUGGAUCAAAAUCUAAGCCCACACGAAUCAGCCGUUGUAGUCGAAAUUCAAAAGAAGAAAAAUACCCUCAGAGUAAUGGAUGAAGUGAAUAUUUUUAGUAACACAAAAACAGAACUUACUAGUGUGAACAAUGAAAAUCGUUUAGUUUUUGACAAUUGGAAAUCAUUUUUUGAAAAUUGCUAUCGCAACGAUUCCAGAUUUAAAGAUUAUGAAAUUGAUAUAGGUAACUUUCAAACGAUCAAUGUGACAUCAAAUCCAAAAUAUUGGUCUCCCAAGGACGUUUAUGUGUAUCUAUUAAACGAUCCGUGUUGCAAAAGUGUUGGAGAUUUAUUAUUUAAUGAGGAAAUUGACGGUAAAGCAUUUAUGCUACUGAACGAAGGAAUACUGAUGCAGAACUUUCAGUGUUCGAUAAAUUUAGCUAUACGAUUAAUGUGUCAUGUGGCCCAGGUUAAUCAUGUUUUUUUAAAAGAAUAUCAUACACAAGACUAAAAGAAACACACUAUUUGUACAAAACUGUUAUUAAAC